CCAGUGUUACGGUUCCUUCCUUCACUCAUGUCUCUGCCGCCUCUGGUUUGUUCCGUUAGUCUCUUCCUCUCGCCUCCUCUCUCACAAUGUUUUCUUCACUACUGGUUUCUGUAUCAAAAUUUGCAGCGGGUUCCUCCACACCUCCGAACAUCCACCUUCUCCUGCAAUUUGAUGGCGAAUGGGAUGGUAAUGGUGUUUUUUCUUACGCAUAUGCUUAUGAGGUUGACAUUCCGAUUCAGACCCAUUAUGAAGACUUUGUGGAACUGGUUCGUACUACGGUUCCGUCUUCUUAUGAAAAUUCUGUUUUCAAUAUCUCGUAUAUGUCUGAAUCAUCCUCAAGGCGUGUCGUCAUUGAAGAUGAUGUGAGCCUUCUCGCCUACCUUCGUUUGAAGAGCACAUAUCCCUCUUUACGCGAAUUCCCUUUGUGCGUGGAAGUAUACCAUUUCACAGAAAUGGGCGUGUCUAAUGGAGAAUCAGUCCCUACCGAAGGUCUGCAGACAUUACCAGGUUAUGAUUGUGAGGUAGACUCAACUACUCAGGAAGAAACUGAUUCAGAUGGCUCAAUGCGUGAUGUUCUAGGAAACGAAACCACUAUCUGCGGAGACAACAUCUCAUCACGGUACAAUAGGGAACACCAAUGCCCUAUUGAUGUUCGGCAAGGCAACACACGUCAGGCUACUUAUCACAUCGUUGCACAGUUAGUAAAACACAACUAUUGUGAUGCAACGACGAAGCCGUACCCUCCAAAUUCUAUUGUUACGGACACGCGGAGGGAACAUGGGAUCGCAAUGACUUACAAGAAGGCAUGGUUUGCUAAAGAGAAGGCAUUGAAAAUUUGCUUUGGGACACCCGAGGAAUCAUAUGCUGCUUUGCCCUCAAUGUGUUACAUGCUCAAACAGGCUAAUCCGGGGUCUUUGAUCCAACUCACCACGACCCCAGAUCACUUGUUCAAGUAUCUUUUUAUCUCACUCGCAGCUUGGAGAGAAGCGGGUCAUGGCCAUUGCAUAUUCCACAUUCUCGGGAAUAUCAAGUCCAAUUUUAAUGGCUCCGAGAAGUCUUUAUCCUGGAAAUUUUAUGCUGCCGCAAGGGCAGCUUCUGAAGUUGAAUGUGAGCGAUUUUUGAAUUAUCUCGGCAGUGAUGACCCUAGGAUCAUUGGAUACCUCAAAGCAAUUGGCAAAGAUAAGUGGGCAAGAUCUUGCUCGAAUAACCGUUAUUCCAUAAUGACUUCCAACCUAGCCGAGUCUAUGAACAAUGUUGACGCUGUCCCACGUGAAUAUCCGAUUACACAACUGGUUGACUUUCUAGUGGGCAGGAUGCAAGUUUGGUUCCACAAGCGUAGAGAAUUGGCCAACGCAACCUCAUCUAUACUGACAAAGUUCUACGAGGCGGAACUUAAGGAACUACAUGCGGCUUCAAGUGUUAUGGAAGUAAUCGCUGCUACUCGUUGUCGACAUGGACUGUCAUGCUACGACUACAUCUCAUCAUUCUACACCACUGCUUCUUGGAGAGCUACGUAUAGUGGAAUCAUACACCCAAUCCCUUCCAAAGAUUCGUGGGUUGUACCUGAUGAGGUUGCUGAAACUAUUUGCAGACCACCAUCGUGCUCCAAACGACCUCCAGGGAGACCAAAAAAGCGAAGGAUCCCGUCGAAAGGUGAACAUGCGAAGCGGCAAACCUGCUCACGAUGCAAAUCAUCAGGACAUAAUAGAAAAACUUGUGGGAAUCCCAUUUCCUCAAAUCGUGUUUGACUCCCGUAGGAAGACGUAUGGGAAGCACAACAUUCCAUGGAACCUUGGUCCAGCAUGUCCAUUAGUUUUGUCCCAUUUCUGGUUCAUUUUGUUUUUUACAUGUUCAGGGAUUCAUUUUUGGUUCAUUUAGUUUGUCUUAUUUUAUUUCUUUCUGAUACUGAAUUUGUCAUUGGGAAACAAUUCAUUCCCCACCACCAUAAUCAUUUCACACACAAUAAUGACUAAACAGGUCA